CGAUUUCAUUACUACAAUAAGUACAAUCAACACCCCCGUUGAUGUUCGAAACAACAAAUCUUUCAACGGUGGUUUCAUAUGUAUAUAUGUACGUACAUAUAUUUGAUCUUUCAUUUGCCUACAUAAGAUAUGGGAAGACCACCUUGUGAUGAGUCUGGUCUCAAAAAAGGUCCAUGGACACCUGAAGAAGAUGAAAAACUCGUUAACCACAUCCAGAAACAUGGUCAUAGUAGCUGGAGAGCCCUUCCUAGACUUGCAGGUCUCAAUCGUUGUGGUAAGAGUUGUAGAUUGCGGUGGACCAACUACUUGAGACCUGAUAUUAAGAGAGGGAAGUUCUCCCAUGAAGAAGAGCAAACGAUUCUUCAUCUCCACUCAAUGCUAGGGAAUAAGUGGUCGGCUAUUGCUACUCGCUUAUCAGGAAGAACAGAUAACGAGAUUAAGAACUAUUGGAACACACAUUUGAAAAAAAAGUUGAUUCAGAUGGGUAUUGACCCAAUGACGCAUCGUCCAUGCACAGAUAUCUUUGCAAGCCUCCCUCAGCUCAUGGCCUUGGCCAAUCUGAAGGAACUUGUCGAACACCAUUCCUCCAUCUCUUGGCCUUCGAAUUCAUCUUCCUUGGAACAACAACUCUCCAUGAUUUCCAAAUUACAAACCGAACAAGCUGUUCAUCAAAUUGCCAAGAUUCAGUACUUGAACAAUCUCCUUCAAUGCACCCCACCACUUUCCCUGCAAACUGGCCUUAUAAAUCAUCCACCCAACAUGGAAGAUCUAAACUACCUCGGUGUUUAUAAUGGGUCGUCUAUUUCUAAUGGAAUCUCACAUUUCGAUGAUGACAUUAAUCUACCAUUCUCUCACUUGCCGAACUUGCAGCCACCAGAAAAUAUUGUUCACUCUUGUUCCGACGAUGCGUGGGUAGCAAGCCGUUGUUCUUCACCUGCGGCUGUAGUUGUCCCUGUGGCUCCACCUGUCACCUCCAUGACCAAUAGUACUAGUGAUGAUGCAUGUAGUUCUCCUACUACAUCCCGUUGUGGAAAAGCUCCACCACAGUUUUGGCCUGACCUCCUCCUUGAAGACCCUUUAUUUCAUGAUAUACUUUAAGAAUAUUUAUUUAGAGAGAAUGUAUAUAUAUUUAAUUCGGUGUGUACCAUGCAUGCAUCUGUGUAUGUUUAUCAUUUCCUGAUUGGGUGGCUUGUAAUUUAGAGCUUCAUACUAAUUUUCCUUGAAUGUAUUUUCAUAUGGCGCCGAUCAUAUAUUCAAGGAAAAGGGCUCAUUUUCAGGUGUCGGCAUUACCUUCCUUUGCUUCGUAUACAUUCUGGUUUGCCUCUCGAUGGUGGGUGUGGGACCCGUUGUUGGAGAUGCCCAAGGGUGACUCAUAAUCCCCUUUUUUUUACAGUUAGUUUUUGUCAGGAUCGAAGAUGUGUUAAUUAAUUAGGUGUAUUCUAUGUAGUCUGUGAGACGCCUCAUGGGGCUGCUUCU